CUUUUCUCGGAUUAGGAUUCGAAUUUACUUGCCGCCUCUCCUCGUUUCAAGCGCACUUUUUGCCUUUCGCUCCUAAAUAACUCAAUAAUUUUGAAAGAAUUGUUAUUCUACGAUUGGAUUUGUGUUAUAAAUUGAUGUACUGAUUUGUCUCGUAAUAUGCCGGUCAGAAAGAUGUCAGACUAUCUGAAGCGAUAUUUCGCCGAAGAAAAACAACAAGUUAUGGAGGGGUGCGAAGAAGAAAACAAGGAACUCACUUUGUGGAUGUACAAUAAAACGAGCAUAACUGAAGAAGAUUUGGCAAGGACGUACACAGAGGACGAGGUGCGGGAACUUUGCCAACGCACUAAAGUCAAAGUAAAAAUGACGGUCAAUAAUUGUCUAUAUGACGCUAAGAAGCGUUUUGAUAGAAAGAACCGAUUAACGAACCGAUCCGAACGCUUUGUCAACGCCAUGCUCAUAAAGGCAGUGAGCCGAAAGAUGGUUACACCGUACUCGGAUAAGGAAAUGGAGAACUACCUGGAUUUGGCUAGCGCACAGACUAAAAAGGACAACAACGCAAGGCUGGAUCGAUGGAGCCAGAAGCGGGGAGUAAUUCCUACAUACACAAUUCCCGAAACAGAGGACCAAGAACCUGAACAUAGUGCUGUAUUGAACGCAAACGAUGUACCCAGUCCAACAUCACUAACCGAUCCAGAUUUCUAUGGCACUGCGCCUCCGGAGGGCGAUGCUACAGGUCAACCCGACAGGGAUGAACUUGAAUGGGGUGACAUAGAUGAUUUGGCCGGGAUUGGUGUUGAGGAUGAACAGCCGCACCACCAAACUAUCGGUGUUGAGGAUGAACAGCCGCACCACCAAACUAUUGGUGUUGAGGAUGAACAGCCGCACCACCAAACUAUUAAAACACAGGUCGAGGAAUGCCCAGACACGCAGUUAAACGAAACCUGGAUGGAAGGUUUGGGUGAAAUCAAUUCCGAAAGCAUGUCCUUAGGGCCGGAACUUGGUACGCAGAGCACGCAGAACACCGAACGCAUGCCCAACACGGAGUCGGAGUACGAUGUCUUUGGCACCCAAGUACCAGUCUCGUCCACCCAGGAGUAAUAAGAAAUGGCGCUUUAAUCAAGAUUGAAAAAUUUGAAUUUAUUUAGUUUGUUUAGUUUUUAUGUGCCUAUUGAAGGGUGUGUAAAAAAUUGGGUAAAAAACAUGAGUCCCUUAAAAUCGUUUAAAAUUAAUAAUAAAAUCUUAACUACAAUA